AUGAAAGUAAUAGAGAAGUGGGGAAGCAUCUACAAGUUGGGAGUUGAUGUUCCUGUACAGGACUGGAAGUCAAAAGUUCGGAUAGUUAUGAAGCCAACAUCACAGUGGCAUUUCAAGUUGCAAGUGUCCAAACGCAUCAUAAUUUCAAAAACUGAAACCGGUUAUGCAGGAAGAGGUGAAAGUUUCUAUAAGAAUCACAUGGGCACCAACCAGUCGCUGCUGAGGAGAUGA